GUUAUUCAUUGCAACUUUUGAAAUUGAAGAAUUAUCAUUCUCAACAAGUCAAUACCGCAAGAAAAUGUUCAAACUUCUUCUUACCGCUUGUGUAAUAGCCGUUGCUCACGGUGGAUAUGUUGUUCCUCAACUGCAGCCAGUAACUACCAACUACGUUAGAGGUGUUGUUGUACCUUACGGUAUCGGAGGAGUCGGAGUUGGUCGCUAUGGAGUUGGAGUUGGAUCCGUAGUUGGAGUGGGACCAGUUGGAGUUGGAGUUGGUCCAGUAGGAUCUGUCGUUGGAGUUGGCCCAGUAGGAGUUGGUGUUGGAGUUGGCGUUGGUGGCGUAGAUUCUGUUCGAGUUGGCACAGUUGGACACGGUGUUGGUGUUGUAAAUGGUUUGGGAGUUGUUUAAACCAAAAAAAAAUUUUAAUUUCUUCGAUGAAAAAUAUGAAAUGUUUAAUGAGAAAGAUAAUUGAAUGAAAAUUUUGAAUACCACUGAAUGCGACGAAAUUGAACAUUUCAAGUUUAUACAAGCAUUUAGAAAUUUCAUCUCUUUUUAAAAAUUGUAUUUAUUAAUUUGUGAAAUAAAGAAAAGUAUUUCAAGUAUUAA